UUUAUUAAUAGCAGCAUAUCAGUUCAACAAUGAGAAUCUCGAAUAAACGAAUCCCACUAUUCCUAGGAGUUUUUACUGUAAUUUUCGGUCUGGCAAGUCCAGAUGAAUUUGAACCGAUCCCCCAAGAUGGAUUUUUCAACAACUUAAACCACCCGGACUGGGGAGCUGUUGACGACAUUUUGAUACGGAAGUCCCCUCCUGCCUACCAAGAUGGAGUAUACGAGCCCGCGGGACAGGACAGACCCAACCCCUUCGACCUCAGUGACAGCGCCCAUAGUGGGGAGAGUGGUCUGCCCUCAGCUAGAGGAAGGACAGCCAUGUUGGUGUACUUUGGUCAACAAGUUGUCGAGGAAAUACUGGACGUUCAGAGACCCGGAUGUCCAAGAGAGUUCUUUAAUAUUCCAGUACCUAAAGGUCACAGAUUUAACCCCAAUAAUCUGGACAAUCUUCAGAUGCCCCUUCAGAGGUCAAGGUUCAAUCAAAGGACAGGACAGACUGCAGGGAACCCAAGACAACAGUUAAACGAAAUAACACCUUUUCUUGAUGGGACUUUAUUUUAUGGUCCUGGAAAAGCUUGGACAGACGCCAUACGAGAAUUCAAACAUGGAUUUCUCAAAGUCAAGGACCCCAGCACUUAUGAUGACGUCAGAAAACAAUUUCCCGCGGACAACGACAUCAGACUUCCCUUUGCGAACCCACCACCACCUGCAGACCACUAUCUAAAACCUGUCAAACGAUUUUUCAGACUUGGAAAUCUUCGAGGAUUUGAGAAUCCGUUUUUGCUUACCUUUGGAGUACUUUGGUUCCGUUGGCACAAUGCCAUUGCCAUGAAACUUGCCAAAGAGCAUCCAGAUUGGCACGACGAAGAACUGUUUGAGGCGGCAAGGAGGCAUGUCAUUGCCCAUCACCAGAAAAUAGUGAUGUAUGAUUGGUUACCAAGGUGGCUGCAAAUUACCUCAAAUGGACAGUUUUUCAAUAUUCCAAAAUAUUCCCGUGCUCCCAAUGAAUUUUGUUCGGGAAAGUUUUGCGCAUUUAACGGUUAUGAUUCCGAAAUUCAUCCAGGAAUUUCUCACGAAUUCCAGACAGCAGCCAUGCGUUUUGGUCACACACUGGUGACGCCAGGCCUUUGGAUAAGGGGGCCAAAACUCUCAGACACUGAUUGUAACUGGAGUAACAUGACUAUCAGAAUUCCCAACCAGCCUCAUAAAGUCCAUGCCAUCAGACUCUGUAAUGCGUUCUGGAACAGCAGGGAGCCAGUAGAGAGGAUGUUGGACGAUAUUGUUCGUGGCCUUUCAUCAACUUUGGCUGAAAAAGAGGAUCACAUAGUUGUUCCUGAUCUUAGAGAACAUCUUUUUGGGCCAUUGGAAUUUUCUCGGCGUGACCUUGUUGCUAUUAAUAUCCAGAGGGCCCGUGAACACGGUCUUGCAGACUACAACACGAUUAGAAAGGCGUUUGGUUUAGAAGGGGUCACUUGGGAUAACUUGACAACAAAUACUGAUCCAUCUCGUUUAGAAGCAAUCAAUAGUUUGAGAUCUCUUUACAAGAAUUCAAGUUCACCAGAUUUAGACCUGUUUGUCGGGGGAUUAUUAGAAACGACGGAUGACGGACCAGGUCCACUAUUUCAGAGCAUCCUCAUUGACCAAUUCAUGCGAAUCCGUCACGCCGACCGUUUCUGGUUUGAAAACAAAGAUAAUGGAUACUUUACUGAUGUUGAGAUAGAGGACAUAAUGAAGGUGACCCUCCAAUCUAUCAUUCUGAAUGUGACCAAUGUUAAAGUUGACGAAAUCCAAGAAGAUGUUUUUAUUCAUAAUCAUACAAGAAAUGAUACCUGUGCACAACCAAAACAAUUGAAAGCUGAUUCUAGUGAAACAUAUGAACAUAUCAACGUCAUAGAAAACUGCACGUCUCUGCAACACUAUGAUUACUUUUCCGGAAGUGGAGCAGCAUUCAUUCUGACAUUUAUCGCACUAGGACUCUGUGUUCCAGGGACUGUUGGGAUAAUGGUUUGCAUGGCCAAGAUACGAGCAAAGAAAAUGCAGCGUGGUCGACAGAGACGGUCACCUCAUCGCCCUAACGAUGACCCUAACGUUUUUACAGCUGUUGAGUGGGUUGGUCCAAAUUCAGAUGAGCGCAACGUAAAGGUUAAAUUUGACCGAAGUCGGAAAAAGAUCCACGUAGAAGACAUGCGGAGAAAACCAUUACGAAUGCUGGAUCUACGCACUGUCAAAGGCAAAGUACAUUACCGAACGUCAACAGACGGACUUCAAAAUGUUAUUGCUGUCCGUAUGACAGGGGAAAUUGAUUUGGUUCUCAAGUUUCUUGAUAUGGAGGAAAGGGAAAAGUUCAAGAAGAAUUUGGAUAAUUUUUUGGUUGACCUUCAAAUAGAAAGAGAAAUUCACCAGUUCUCAGAAAAAUCAGUCUACGAUAAUGCCAGCACAAAAGAAGAACGGCAAAAAUACCUCGAUAAAUUCUUUCGUGUUAUUUGCCUUCAGGCUUUCAACAAAGACCCAGGACAGCUGCAGAUAGAGAGUAUGAGUGCAGAGGACAUGAACAGAGUGACUAAAAUACAACUCACAAGAACGGAAUUCGCCGACGCACUUGGACUCAAACCGAAUUCUAUAUUUGUACGGAAUAUGUUUAUGAUGGUUGACAAGGAUAAUAGUGGAUUUGUGGGAUUUCAAGAGUUCCUUGAUAUGUUUGUUGUGUUGGCAUCAGGUGAUGCUGACGAUAAAACAAGACUGAUUUUCAAUAUGUACGACAUUAAAAAGCAAGGAAAACUCACAAGCAAGGAGUUUGCCCGCAUGAUUCAGUCUAUGCUGGAUCUCUCAGACUCAUCUAUUUCCCAAACCGAUAUGAAAGCGUUAAUGAGUGCCAUGUAUAAGGCUGCAGGACUUAAAGAAAAUUCUGAUAUUGACUUCGAUACUUUUUCAAGAAUUUUUGCUUCAGAAGAAUAUAAAAGUACCUUACAGAAAGCAACACUUGGAAUAGAUGCGCUGGGAGCAGAUGGCAAAAAUGGUGGAAAUAUGGCUAGAAAAAGAACUACAUUCUUUCAGAGUUACAAAACUCUUCAACGAACAAACACAAAAUUAAAGGUGAAAACACGGGUAGCAGAACUCCCAGCGACAGCUUUGGGACAGAGGAUAUAUGAGAUCACCAGAAAAAUAGAAAAUAACCGACUUCAAAUUUUUUGGCUCACACUGUAUAUUUUAGUCACCUUAGGGAUAUUUUUGGAGAGAGCAUUUUAUUAUUCUUUUGAGAGAGAACACGCUGGACUGCGCAGAAUCGCCGGAUAUGGCGUCACAAUAACACGUGGUGCAGCUAGUGUGAUGAUGUUCACGUACUCCAGUCUACUUGUAACAAUGAGCAGGAACACCAUUACAUUCCUGAGGGAAACAUUCCUUCAUCGCUUUAUUCCUUUCGAUUCUGCACACGCCAUGCACAAAAUAGUAGCUAUGAUUGCGCUUUUAUUCACAGUGGUUCAUUGUGUCGGACAUGGGAUUAACUUAUAUCACAUAAGCACACAGGCGUCAACAGAUUUAAACUGUAUCUUCCGAGAGUAUUUUCGAGCUACAGAUGUUCUAGCCUCGUUCCAAUAUUGGGCUUACGGUACUAUAACUGGUCUGACAGGGAUUAUAUUGACGCUGAUUGUAAUCAUUAUGUAUGUAUUCGCCACACCAUACGCCAGGCGAAAUGUUUUCAAUGCCUUCUGGUUUACUCAUAGUUUCUACAUUUUACUGUAUAUAUUUAUGGUGAUGCACGGUACCGGAAGGCUUGUCCAGCCUCCUUUGUUUCAAAACUAUUUCUAUGGGCCAUUGUUCAUUUUUAUUGUGGAUAAAUUCAUCAGCCUCAGCAGAAAUCAAGUAGAAAUCGACGUUAUAUCUGCAGACCUUUUACCAUCAGAUGUCACUGCCCUCAAGUUUAAGCGUCCAAUCAAUUUUGAAUAUAAAUCUGGUCAGUGGGUCAGAAUCGCAUGUGUUAAACUAGGUAAGAGUGAAUACCACCCCUUUACUCUGACAUCAGCACCUCAUGAAGAUUAUCUCAGUCUUCAUAUUCGAGCUGUUGGCCCAUGGACGACAAAUCUUAGGAAAACAUAUGAUGCUAACAAGGCCAAUUCAGAGGAGUGGACUCCACCAAAGGUUUUGUUGGAUGGUCCGUUUGGAGAAGGUCAUCAAGAUUGGUAUAAAUUUCCGGUUGCUGUGUUAGUAGGCGGUGGGAUCGGUGUAACUCCAUUUGCAUCCAUUUUAAAAGAUAUAGUUCACAAAACAUCACAGCCUAUCCAGUUUCCUUGUCAGAAGGUGUAUUUUCUGUGGGUGACAAGAACCCAGAAGCAGUUUGAAUGGUUAACAGAUAUCAUCCGAGAAGUGGAAGAAAACGACAGACGAGAGCUUGUUUCUGUUCAUAUCUUUAUUACACAAUUUCAACAGAAGUUUGAUCUGCGAACAACUAUGCUGUAUAUCUGCGAACGCCAUUUCCAAAAGAUUGCCGGAAAAAGUUUGUUUACCGGACUGAAAGCAAUUACACAUUUUGGAAGACCCCAGUUUCAAGAAUUUUUAGAAUCUCUACAUAGCGAACAUCCAGAGGCAAAGCAGAUCGGCGUAUUCAGCUGUGGACCUCCACCAAUGACCUUGAACGUAGAUAAAGCAUGCGCAGAGGCCAACAAAAAUGAAGGGUUCCCCACUUAUUCGCACCACUUUGAAAACUUCUAGAUGUUUUAGGGUACCUUAUUUAACUAACCUUCAAACACUGACAGUACCGCUUGCAAAUGCGGUAGAUAUUACCAAUGCAUCGCACCUUCAUUUAGCUCUUGUAUUUUACCUAAUUUGAUUUCGUCAUGAUUAUCUUGAUUUAAUAUAUCGAAGUUCGAUAUUUUAUACCGGUGAGGUGAGUUUUUAUACUCAUUUAAGCAUUAAGUUCAGUCAGGUGUUAAA